AUGGCUCCUUGCAGCACUGUGGAGAGGGUCAGUCUGACCUACCUGCCUCCAGCUGUUCAUCGCUUUCUCUUCAGCCAAUCAGAAGAGUUUGUUGUGGCUCACCUGGUCCUCAGAGCGCUGUUUGGAGUAGUGAGCGGCACAGUCCUGUUCCUGGGUGUUGCUCACAGUCUCCCGCUGACCUUUGACCUGAAGCUGGCAGCAGGAUGUCUGUUUGUCGGUGUGUGUGCAGUAGGCGGGGCGUUGUCUUCCUCCUUCAGGUGUUCAGUCCUCCUGAUGUUUCCCAGCAUUCUUGGCUCCCGUGGCCGAGCGUACCUGAUGUUGUUUAUCCUGUCUGUGCUCUACAGAGGGCCGGUCUCUAACGUCCAGCGGAACAUGGAGACAGCCGCUCUGUCUCUGAGCUGUAACCUGGACCUGCAGGUUCAUCACAGCAAGUUACUGUGGAGGGACGCCGUCUCGCCGUUUCUACGCAUCACCAAGGAGCUCAUGGAUGAUAAAGCAGAGUUUGAGUCGGAGGCUCUGGACGUCAGCAGGAGGUUUCAGAGCAUCAGAGACGAGGUCGUCCUUCAGUACGGAUACGACAGAUUCAGACCUCAACAGGGAAACAGCACACAGGAGCAGUUCACUACAAAGACCAUGAUGCAGUGCGACAGUGUGGUGGAUGAGGGCGUGCAGCGCUGCUCUGAUUGGUUCAGACUCAGGUGGGCGGAGUGUAUGAAGGAGAUACCUGUCCCCGUCAUCAACCACAUCCUGUGUGUCUCUAUGAAGUUCCACUUCCUGUGUGAUGUCAUGAGAGUGAUGACUCCAUGGUGCAGAGAGAAGAUUCCUGUGGAGGGAAACUUCGGUCAGCUGUUUGACAAACUGAACCUGUCGGUCGACCUGUUGUCCAGAGAGUUCAGCACCGAGCUCGUGCUCCAGGAGCAGCAGCAGCAGGAGGUGCUGGGUGGAGCUCUGAUGGAUCAGGAGAUCACUCAGUCAGUCAGAGGAUCUUUCCUGAAACUGAAGAGAACGAUGGAGCAGCUGCUGGACAUCCUGCAGCUGCUGAUGUCCUUCACCUUCCUCAGCAUCUUCACCCAGGCGUUUGGUUACCUCAGUCAGUACAGGAGGGACAUUCGGUUUGACAAUGUCUACAUCACCUCCUACUUCAGACAGAUCGACGCUCACAGGAGAAGAGUGAGGGAGCCGUGUCUGCUGCCGCUGAAGCAAUCAGAGGGGAAGAAGUUAAUCGACCCGUGGAGCCCGAAAAUUCUUCCUGAGGAGUUUAAAGAAGUCAUGUCAGGUGUGUUUCAGGUGCUGGCGAUCUCUCUGCUGUGCGUCGUCCUCCUGACUGUCGACUUCUCUGUGUUCCACGUCCUGGACAUCGUCAACAGACACAGCGUCACCCAGUUCAACCUGACCAGGAGUCACAAGGUGGACAUCAGAGUGGGCGGGGCAUCCAUGAUUGCCCGCCUCCUGAGGAAGACGAUUUCAGCCUUCAACAGCUCGUCCAGCCUCCACAUCCAGACCGACAACCAGGCUUGUGUGUCUCCCCCCUCCUCCCUCCCAGCAGCUGUGUAUGUGAGCUGUGUGUGUUGUGUCCUGUUGGGGGCGCUGUUCAGCUGCCUCCAGGUUUACACCCACCGCCUCCGACGGGUCAUCGCCGCCUUGUACCACCCACAGAGGGAGAAGAGGAGAGUCCUGUUCCUCUACAACCUGCAGGUCUACAGACGACUCUCCUCCACAGAGAGGAGGUUCGGACGCACCAUGAGGGAGUGUCUGUGCAGGUGUGGGCGUCGUCUUUGUUGUCAUCACUGACAGGAAGAGUCCGACUCAGAGACGCACUGCACAGGAAGAGGAAG